UUUUGUCUGACCGAGAUAACCGGUGAAAUGCUGAAGAAACUCUCUUACCUUCAAAUUUUUUAAAACAAAAAACAUCAGCUUUGAUGCAAAGAAAAGCUUCUUUCCGAUGGCAAAUCCUAGGCUUCGCGCGUUGACUUGGUGGAGAAAGUGGGCAAAGAGGGAUUGGGCCAUCGUAGCCGUCGGAUUCACCAUCAUCCUCUUCGCCCUCACUCUCCACUUCGAUUCUCGAAACCCCGCCACUUCCUCUACCUUCGAUCUCCACUCCACCGACGAUCUAGUUCCCUUGACUUUGCUCCACAGAGCCAAAGCUACAGGCGCCUUUUGCUUAGAUGGAAGUUUACCGGGAUACCAUUUCCAUAAGGGUUUUGGAUCUGGCUCUAACAAUUGGCUUCUCCACAUUGAGGGUGGAGGCUGGUGUAAUUCAAUAAAAACAUGUAAUAAUCGGAAAGGGACAGCUUUAGGUUCCUCAAAUUACAUGGAACGCCUGGUUCCAUUUUCUGGGAUUUUAAGCCGUCACCCUUCUCAAAAUCCUGAUUUUUAUAAUUGGAAUAUGGUUAAGAUACGUUAUUGUGAUGGUGCAUCUUUGGCUGGCCACCCUGAAAGUGAGUUCAAGAAUGGAACGGAACUUUUCUUCAGAGGCCAACUCAUUUGGGAAGCAAUUAUGAAUGAACUCUUAUCGCUUGGCUUGUCUAAUGCAAAACAGGCACUUCUUUCAGGGUGCUCUGCUGGAGGGUUGGCAACUCUUAUACAUUGUGAUGACUUCCGAAAUCAUCUGCCAAAGGAUGCGACUGUCAAGUGUCUUGCCGAUGCAGGUUUUUUCCUUGAUGAGCCAGAUGUUCUUGGAAAUUACACCAUGCGUGCUUUCUAUCAUGAUGUUGUUGAACUUCAGGGUGUAGCAAAAAGUUUGCACAAGAAUUGUGUCAAAAGAAUGGAACCAUUUAAGUGUAUCUUUCCUCAAGAAAUUAUAAAAAAUGUUAGAACCCAUUUGUUCAUUGUCAACCCGGCUUAUGAUUUUUGGCAGAUACAAAAUAUCUUAGUCCCUGUUGACUCAGAUCCUUAUGGCUAUUGGAGCAGUUGCAGAUUGAACAUUCAGAAGUGUAAUUCUACCCAGAUUGAAACACUACAAGGUUUCCGUGGUUCUCUGGUUAAUGCACUUAGUAAGUUUCAAAAAAACAAGGAAGGCGGUAUGUAUAUAAAUUCUUGCUUUAUUCAUUGCCAGACAUGGAUGGAUGAUACAUGGCAUUCGACCAAUUCUCCAAGAGUCAACAAUAAGACCAUUGCAGAGUCUGUGGGUGAUUGGUACUUCAACCGUAAAGUAUCGAAGCAGAUCGACUGCCCUUAUCCAUGCAAUCCCACUUGCUGUAACAUGGACUUCACACGAAGUUUAUGAAGCACAUCGCCAGUAUUUUGUUUUUUGUUUUUGUUUUUGUUUUUUUUUUUGCAAGAUCUCCAAUUUUAAAAUUACCCUGUUGGAUAUUAUUCCAAUUUGCAUUCAAAGAAGGAUCUUGAAUAUUGAAACACAGUACGUUGAAUCAGGUCAUUGUUCAUAGUUGAUGUCAGGCCUCCCUUAAUUUACUGCUAUAGCAAUGGGUUUUAUGUUUUCGUUAAGGAUAAAAUAUUCCUAGUAUUGGCUGUUUGUUGGAAUCUUCCUUUUUCAAUUUAGGGGGUGACCUACAUUUUGCUUUUUAGGUUCUUGAAUCUUUUGUCACCACUGCCGAAUAUUCAUGAAUCGUAGCCGCAAAAAAGGGAAAGGGAAAAUCCCCCUUUAGUUUUAUUUCCAAAUUUAGCUAAAAGACUUUUACAUUACAUUCUUUUAAUGGCAAUAAGAAAAUAAAUAAAUA